AUGGCAUCAACAUCUCAGAACUCCGUGUUUGAAGCAGCUCCAGCAACUGAGUCCACGGGCGACAUGGAUAAGAAAACUCCUGACUCUCCAACGGUCUUUGCACCCGACGAUUCGGCCUCCUCUGUCAGGCGUGGGAGUAUUGAACGGCCCUACAGAACAUACAAGAUCCGUUGGUUCGGGCUUGUAGUGUUGACACUUCUGAACGUUAUGGUUAGCUGGUCGUGGCUCACCUUCGCGCCCGUCACUUCAUCAACCGCCGAGUUCUACAAAGUAGACGAAUCAAUGGUGAACUGGCUCAGCAGCAUAUUCGUCUUUGCAAACUUCGCCAUGACUUUCGUCACCAUCAAGCUUCUCGACUGGGGUCUUCGUCCAACCCUCAUCAGCGGCAGCGCACUUCUCCUCAUCGGUAAUUGGGUCCGUUAUGCUGGGUCUUACUCGUCCGAUGGCAAUAAAGUUGCCGUCGUCGGUGUCGCUCAAGCGCUCCUGGGCAUGUCGCAGUCUCUCGUUCUGAGUGCCCCGACGCGAUUCUCCGAAACGUGGUUUACGAGUAACGGGCGCGUGACGGCCACGGCUGUGAUGAGUCUUGCGAAUCCGACUGGAGCUGCGAUUGGAUCUAUUGUCGUUCCGUUGUGGGCGGCUGAACCUAGUGAUAUCUCUUCUGUUGUCUUAUACGUUGCCAUCAUUUCAUCCGCAGUCGCCAUUCCUGGCUUUUCUAUUCCUGCCGCACCACCAACACCCCCAUCAUCGAUUCACCAUAUCGAACGGACCAAGAUCUUACCCUCAUUACGCGUAUUAGUUCGAUCGUUGGAAUGUUACCUCAUCAUCAUCCCAUUUUGGGUUUACACUGGCCUUUUCGUCGCCACAACGUCCCUGAUCAACCAGAUCGUCACGCCCUACGGGUUCUCAGACACCGAGGCCGGUAUUGGAGGCGGUCUCCUUAUCGUUCUAGGUCUCAUAUUCUCAGCCAUCAUAGCGCCCAUCAUCGACCGAACCAAGAAGUUUGUCCUCGUAACAAAGUGCAGAGUAGUAGUCGGUGGACUCUGCUAUCUGGCUCUGAUAUGGGUCCCAGGUACAAAGGAGAUCGGUGCACUAUACGCUAUUCUCUGCUGCAUCGGCAUCUCAUCGCUCUCCAUCGUUCCUGUUGUCCUGGAGGUUCUGACGGAGUUCUCGUAUCCCGCGGGUGCCGAGAUCACUAGCACUACUGCCUGGGCUGGCGGUCAGUUGCUUGGAGGUUGCUUCAUCAUUCUCGGUAACGGCAUGAAGGCUGCUGAGAGUGCUGACCCGCCUCGCAACAUGAAGGAUUUUACUGUUUUCCAGGCUGUGUUGGCCAUGGCGAUGAUACCUUUGCCUCUGAUGUUGGGGAUGUUUGGGCGCAGUGAGCAGGUAGCUCUGAAGCGUACGAAUGUGCACCAGAAUAUGUGA